AUGAAGAGAAAAAAUAAAAACAAUGAAAGAAAAAAGAUAAAAGCAAAAAGAAGUAAAAGCAAAGUAGCAAAAAAGAAAAUAGCAAAGCAAAGUAGCAAAAGAAAAAAUAGCAAGAUAAAAAUAGCAGAAGAGAAAGCAGCAAAGCAAAAGCAGCAAAAAGAGAAAACAGCAAGUCAAAAGCAGCAAG